UGGCUCCGAGGAACAGAACCCACAACCUGAUCAGGAGGUACGGAUCGUUUCUCCUCCAUCGCGUCGAUUCCAUCGAUGCACAGCUUCCGUCGAUCUAUCUCACUACCCGUGGUGUUUAAUUUGAAUCGACCGUGUGCAAGUAGCUUAGCGAGAGAGGAGACGGCGGCGCCCUGGGUUAAGGUUGAACGCGAAUUGAGUUCGAGUGUUGGGAUUCGGAAUGGCUCGUCGUCUCAUUAGGCCCGCUGCGGCGUGCCAAGGUUGCAGUUUGGUUAAGGCUGGGUUUCUGGGCGUGGUCUCCCCUCUCCAUUAUCAAAGAUUGCCUUACUCCUCUUCAAAGAGAGGUUCCCCAGGGAAUAAGUACUCUGGCUGCCUCGCUAAUUUAACAAAGGAGGGUUCACACUGGACAGGAACAAGGUCCAAUCCUUUGUUGUCGUUACAUAGUUCAAAGUUUGUCAGCAAGAGGACAGCUUGUUUGAUUGCAACAGGGCCAUCUCCUGCUGCAACUGAAGAACCAGAGAUGGACCUUCCAAAGGAGAUAUUCUUGAAAGACUACAAAAAACCUGACUACUUGUUUGACACGGUGGAUUUAGAAUUUCAACUUGGUGAUGAAAAGACCAUGGUUACUUCUAAAAUAGCUGUAUCUCCAGGCAAUGAAGCAGGCAACUCAUCUCCACUCACUCUUCACGGAUGUGAUCUAAAGCUGUUAUCAAUCAAAAUCAAUGGCACAGAGCUGAAGAGUGACAAGUAUACAGUUGAUCCACGCCAUCUGACGAUUUUGACACCACCUGCUGGUGUAUUCAACAUGGAAAUUGUUACGGAGAUUUAUCCUCAGCUCAACACAUCUUUGGAGGGUUUGUACAGGUCGACUGGUAAUUUUUGCACCCAAUGUGAAGCAGAAGGAUUCCGGAAAAUUACCUACUUUCAGGAUCGCCCGGAUGUGAUGGCAAAAUAUACUUGUCGUAUUGAAGGUGAUAAAACUCUGUAUCCGGUGUUGUUGUCUAACGGCAAUCUUAUCGAACAGGGUGAUCUUGAGGGUGGAAAGCAUUACGCACUAUGGGAGGACCCAUUCAAGAAACCAUGCUACUUGUUUGCGCUAGUUGCUGGUCAGUUGGAGUGCCGGGAGGACUCAUUUGUUACAUGUUCUGGCCGCAAAGUUACACUUCGAAUUUGGACUCCUGCUCAAGAUUUGCCAAAAACAUCCCAUGCUAUGUAUUCUCUUAAAGAAGCUAUGAAAUGGGAUGAGGAGGUUUUUGGUCUUGAAUAUGAUCUUGAUUUGUUCAACAUUGUUGUUGUUCCUGAUUUCAAUAUGGGAGCAAUGGAAAACAAGAGCUUGAAUGUAAGAAUUUGCCUCUGCUUAGAAAAUAUUUGUAGACAAAAAUUUGAUGAUGUUCUGUUUAUCAACGAACAGGUAUUUCAAUCUAGACUUGUGCUAGCAUCACCAGAAGCUGCCACUGAUGGUGAUUAUGCUGCAAUUUUGGGUGUCAUUGGACAUGAGUAUUUCCACAACUGGACUGGGAAUAGAGUGACUUGCCGUGAUUGGUUCCAACUAACGUUGAAAGAAGGACUAACUGUCUUCAGGGAUCAGGAAUUCUCAUCAGAUCUUGGCUGUCGCACAGUAAAGCGCAUAGCUGAUGUCUCUAAACUUAGAUCCUAUCAAUUCCCUCAGGAUGCUGGGCCUAUGGCACAUCCUAUUCGCCCCCUUUCAUAUAUCAAGAUGGACAACUUCUAUACUGUCACGGUUUACGAAAAGGGUGCUGAAGUCGUCAGGAUGUACAAGACAAUGUUUGGAGCUUCAGGGUUUCGAAAGGGCAUGGAUCUUUACUUCCAAAGGCAUGAUGGACAAGCCGUGACUUGUGAAGACUUUUACGCAGCCAUGUGUGAUGCAAAUAAUGCACACUUGCCGAACUUUUUACAAUGGUACUCUCAAGCAGGUACACCUACUGUAAAGGUAACUUCGUCAUAUGAUGAAGGUUCCCAGGCAUUCUCUUUGAAAUUAAGUCAAGAAGUGCCACCUACCCCUGGCCAACCGAUGAAAGAGCCAAUGUUCAUACCUGUUGCUGUUGGACUUGUUGAUUCGACCGGAAAAGAUAUGCCCCUGACUUCCAUCUACAGUGACGGAAUGGUCCAAACACUCUCUAAUGAUGGUCAUCCAAUCUUCACCACAGUGCUUCAGUUUAAGAAGAAGGAGGAAGAGUUUAUAUUUAAAAAUGUGCCUGAGAGACCAGUUCCUUCCUUGUUGAGGGGAUACAGUGCUCCCAUCCGUCUUGAUUCUGAUCUGACUGAGAGUGACUUAUAUUUCUUACUUGCUAAUGAUUCAGAUGAAUUUAACAGAUGGGAAGCAGGUCAAAUAUUGGCACGCAAAUUGAUGUUCAGUCUUGUGGCUGACUUCCAACAACAGAAAACACUGGCGCUAAAUACAAAAUUUGUUGAUGGACUUAGAGCAAUCCUGCAAAGCACAAGCUUGGAUAAAGAAUUCAUUGCAAAAGCAAUAACUCUGCCUGGUCAAGGUGAGAUUAUGGAUAUGAUGUCAAUUGCAGAUCCUGAUGCAGUUCAUGCUGUCCGGACCUUUAUUAAGAAAGAACUAGCCUUUCAACUCAAGGACGAUCUUCUCGCAGCUGUAACAAGCAACAGAAGUUCUGAAGCUUAUGCUUUUGACCAUGAUAGCGUGGCUCGCCGUGCAUUGAAAAAUACAUGUCUCGCUUAUCUUGCAUCCCUGAAUGAGCCAGAUGUCACUGAACUUGCAUUAAAUGAGUACAAGUCUGCUACUAACAUGACCGAGCAGUUUGCUGCAUUAGCAGCAUUGUCUCAAAAUCCAGGUCAAGUCCGUGAGGAUGCCCUUUUGGACUUCUAUAACAAAUGGCAGCAAGAUUAUUUGGUUGUAAGCAAGUGGUUUGCUCUUCAAGCUACCUCGGACAUUCCUGGAAAUGUAGUCAAUGUUCAAAAGUUACUGGCUCAUCCUGCUUUUGACAUGCGGAAUCCGAACAAGGUAUACUCUUUAAUUGGAGGAUUUUGUGGGUCACCUGUGAGUUUUCACGCGAAAGAUGGUUCUGGCUACAAGUUCUUGGGUGAAGUUGUCUUACAGCUCGACAAAAUAAAUCCUCAGGUGGCAUCCCGCAUGGUGUCAGCGUUCUCUCGAUGGAGGAGAUAUGAUGAGACCAGACAAGCUCUUGCUAAGGCCCAGCUGGAGAUGAUCAUCUCAGCCAAUGGACUCUCUGAAAAUGUCUAUGAGAUAGCUUUGAAAAGUUUGGCAGCUUAGUUUCCUGAUGCAAAGAAACAAUUUGACUCUGCCAGUCGGUUCGACACUUCACCAUUACCAGGGCACUGAAAGUGUACUUAACUGAAUAUAUUCUACUACUGUAUUUGGCAUAUGUAAAAUAACAGGCUACUGUAGUGGCAAUACAUUUGAAUUCUGGCA